CAGGGAAAUGCUUCCGUAAUUACAUCCGAACCUCGCUCGAGCGGGCCUUCAAGUUGCGAGUCUAGCUAGACUAGCUAGCAAGUCGUACUCACUACUUUGUGCAGAUUUAGAAGUCAGAAGAUACUCUCGGAGCGUCAUAUCGCACGUCUCAGAGGACAUGCCGGAAUGUCCGACCUGCAAUCGAUGGUUCGACGUCGACAUCGAGCUGCUCAACGCUCACGUCGCUAGCCAUUACGACGAAGAGGCAUCCAAUCCGCUGACAGAGGCCGGCCCGGGCGAGUCUGGGACAUUCGAGAUGAGGAUAGACAAGUCGAACUCUUCGGCUUAUAAGAGAAAGUACCCUGACGACGAAGUCGCAAGCCGGGUCGAUGAUCAGUCGGUACCCGCGGGCCAGCUAAAGACGCAUGAUAUGGAUGUUCCCGAAUGUUUCGUAUGCGGUCGAUCGUUGGAAGCUUUCACGGGGGAAGAACGACAGGUGCACGUCAACGGAUGCCUUGAUUCCGCGGGGUCCAGUGAAGACGAACAGAUAGCACAAGAUGUCGCUGAGGGCGACAGCAGGCGAGAAGAAGGGUUGACGCAGGACAAGAAUACAUCGACAUCGCUUGGAGGCAGAUUGGUUAAGCUGGGAAAGUCAGGCUGGAAAGCAGGUGAUCCAAGGCAGAGUGGAGACCUUUGGUGGUCACCAGCAGACUGUUCAGUUGAUCGCUUGCCACCCAACUUUACACCAGGCCUUAUACCUAUCCUGAAGAAGAUUCUACUUGCCGCGAAUUCGCAGGGCGUCACACGCAGAGCGGUCUUGUGCGCCGAAGGGGUCUGUCAUAUCAAGAGCAGUAUGGGCUUCGAUAGCGGUUGGGGUUGCGGAUAUAGGAACCUCGAGAUGGCGUUGACCGCGCUGCUAUCCAGCACACCCGAAUACCGACCGGUGUUCCCCUCGGCGGACCCAGCGGGCCGGUCGGAUUCGCCUGGGGUGAGAAACUUACAGGUGUGGAUGCAACAAGCCUGGGAUAGUGGGUUCGAUACCCAAGGACGGAACCAGUUGCAAGGCAAGAUUGUGGGCACGAAGAAAUGGAUCGGUACUUCAGACAUUUACGCUGCCAUGGUGGCGAAAGGCGUUCCCUGCUAUCUCCACGAUUUCCCGAAACCGACAGGAGCAAAAUGGCACUCGACGACGACGACCCAUUCUGCGCUCACCGCCUAUGUACAGAAGUAUUUCGAUGAAGACGUCACACUCCCUGAUGCCGAACAGCAGGACAAGCCAAAGACGGCUUUCGACAAGCUGAUGGACAGGCAAUCUUCUACUGCUGUUCGAUCAUCCAGCAAGUUGCCUUUGAUUCUACAGCAUUCUGGCCACUCGAGAACGAUUGUGGGGUAUGAGAUCAAUUCGCACGGGAGCACGAACCUAUUGUUGUUCGAUCCAGGCAGCACGAUACCCAAAGACAUUAGGCGCUCGGCAAUCGAGCCAUUCGAAUUGACGAGUCCUCCUGACGGAGAAGAAGACGAACAGGGCAUCGAUGGUAGCGAGCUGGUUGCGCCUACAGGUGCAGGGGCAGACGAGGUCCGAUCAGACGAAGAAAUUGACGGAAAGGGUUGGGUGAGGAAAAAGGUCGACCAGGUCAAGACCAAGCGCCGGAAAAAAAGCAAGAACAAGGGCAAGGCGAGCGAGGUCGGCGGGAAUAGCAACAACAACAUCAUGGGCAAGGGAAAAGCGGAAUGGGAAGCCAAACCCGUCAAGGCGUUAAACGCUUUCCGGGUCAACCUCGGCGCGCUCAGUAAGAACCAAGAAUACCAGAUCUUGCGGUUUACGGGCGGACCCCUGAUGAAGGAAGAAGAACGCAGGCAGUACCGGCUGAUCAGGGCCGAGAGGAUGACUUGAGAGGUCAUCCAGAAAGUGCGGGUAGGACGAAUGGAAAGAAAGACCAAAGCAGCAUGAUCAUCCAAACUGUAUCCUUUACAUAUCACAUACAACGCAGUCAUCGUUACAUGCCCCGUAAUCGUUAUUUGUCGUUAAAACCAGGCAUCCUCUAUGUCUCUUUGUCGUGGUUGCCUCGAGGACACCUUCAAUCUGGCGUCCAGCUUUUCAAUGUACACAUUCUUCUUUAUGUGAAUCGGAUCAAGAGGUACGUCCAUACCCAAGCGAUCAUGACGACCAGGAGGGAGACGAUCGUCAACCAG